AUGGACAAUAGCGACGACGAGGGUGUGGCGUUCAAACCUAACGCGUUGGACGUCGUUGGAUCCUGGUUACUGGGAGGUGACGGUGACGACGUGCAGGAAGAGGGACAACAACAUCUCGAGCGACAGACGCAGCGCCGCCCCGUGACACUUUACCGUCCGUCGUCUGCUUCUUCGGGCAAGAGUCUUCCGAGCUUAACGAGGCCAAACGCCUCCUAUGGCAACGCUGAUGAAACGCUGACGGAGCAGGAGCGUGAGAUGAAGCGGAAGUUGCUGCGUAAGCCACGUAGUCGUCGAGUCGAGGAGUCGGUUAAAGCGGAGAAGGAGUCGCAACAGCAGCGUGACGAGGCACAGGACGAGGAGGAGCAGGAACUGGUACGCCUCAAGACGCAGAGCAACAAGGAUGACAGGAAACGAAAGCGUACAUCACAGGAUGAUCUACUGGAAAAGCUACGUGAGGAGGCAGCCAAGAAGAAAAUUAAGAACUUAAAGCGCAAACUGCAGCUGAAGCGCAAAAAGCAACAGCAGAAUAGAGUCACCGCCGCGUACUGA